AUGUCUCCCAGAUUCCCCAGUGAAGACGUGGACGUAUCGCCCCUUGGGGCACCGAUGCAGUUCGAAUUCAGCGGGCGCCAGAGUUCGAACCGCUUUCUGAAGGCUUCGCUCUCCGAAAGAAUGGCCUCAUGGUCUGCGACCGAUCUAUCAGCCCGUGGAAUUCCGAGUCAGAAGUUGAUUAACCUUUACCGCCGAUGGGGUGAAGGCCAAUUUGGUCUGAUUCUGACAGCCAAUAUCAUGAUCGCAUACGACCAGCUCGAGGCACCUGGAAACAUGAUCAUUGAUCUCGAAAACCCAUAUAGCGGCGAACGCUUUGAAGCAUUCAAGGAGUUGGCCACUGAAGCCAAGAAGCACGGAAGUCUGAUCGUCGGACAAGUCAGUCAUCCAGGUCGCCAGACUUUUGAACGGCUGCAGCCCAACCCCAUCUCCGCCAGUGAUGUCCAGCUUGUGAUGCCGAAAUUCGGCCAAUUCGGCAAACCCCACCCCGCUAGUGAAGAGGAGAUCCAGGAAGUCAUUCGUCGAUUCGUCCAUGUCGCUGUAUACCUGCAGAAGGCCGGAUAUGAUGGCAUUGAGUUGCACUCUGCUCACGGUUAUCUCCUGGCACAAUUCUUGUCUCAGACCACGAACAAGAGAACCGACAGAUACGGCGGCAGCCUGGCCAACCGCGCACGCAUCAUUGUUGAAAUCGCCGAGGCAAUCCGCCAAGCACUCCCAGACCCCGGAUUUAUCAUUGGAAUCAAGAUCAACUCCGUCGAAUUUCAAGAACACGGUUUCACACCCGAGGAAUCCAAGGAGCUAUGCGAGAUUCUCGACCAGACCAAGUUUGACUUCGUGGAGUUGUCGGGCGGAACCUACCAGUCGGGUGCCUUCCAACACAAGCGUGAGUCUUCGCAGAAGCGCGAGUCUUUCUUUUUGGAAUUCGCCGACCUCAUUGCCCCGGCUCUCAAGCGCACCCGCAGCUAUGUGACCGGAGGAUUUUGUACAGCCUCAGGAAUGGUCCGAGCUCUCGAUACUGUCGACGGCGUUGGUCUCGGGCGCUCCAUCACCCAGGAGCCUCGCUUGCCCAGAGAUCUCCUCGCCGGAACAGUCAAAGGUGCCAUUCAGCAGAAGAUCGAUCCUCAAGACUUCUUCAAGACCAGCCCUGCGGCUGGUGUUCACAUGUUGCAGAUUGCGCAGGACGAGGAGCCUAUCGACUUGAGCGACGAUAAGAACAUGGAAAUCUUUUUGAAGAGCCUUGGUGAAUGGAUGCAGGAAGUCCAGAAGGACGGUGGUGUGAAUUUGUACGGAUAUGCUCAGCUGCCGAAGGGCCAGCCUUUUCAGAGCCACCUGUGA